ACCGCGUGCCAGCCGUCAGUCCAGAGUCGCUUCUUGCUGAUCGAGCAACAGCAACACCAACAACAACAAGAGCCUGCAGCCGAACCCUCCACGCGCUCCCUUCAGUCUGCACGCGCCUUCGGUGCAACUUGAUUCGGUGCACGCUCCAUCAUCAGUGUGCACGUCCGUUCUUUCGGUGUGCACGCUCCAUUGUCAGUGUGCACGCUCCUGUUGCGCGUCGCCACGCGAGAGGCACAAGUCCAGUGCGCGCGCUCUCUUCCCUAUCUUCAAAUGCAUUUCGUGGAGAUGGACAACUCACGCCAAGUCCCGGUGCGCGUGCAGCUCUCAUCCUUGGACAGCAGGUCCCGGAUGGUGAGCACGAGCAGCACCUGUAGCACCGGUUCCAGCAGCAGCAGCAGUCCCGAACGCCUCCGGUGCACGCGCCGGCUCCGCUUCGUCGCGCUCUCCCCCCUGCAGACCCCCGUAUCGGUGGCGCGGCGCAACGAGCGCGAGCGCAACCGCGUCAAGCAGGUGAACCUGGGCUUCCAGACGCUGCGGCAGCACGUGCCGAGCGGCGCCGCCAGCAAGAAGAUGAGCAAGGUGGAGACGCUGCGCUCCGCCGUGGAGUACAUCCGCGCGCUCCAGAGGCUCGUGCACGAGCACGACGACACGGCGGCCACGGCAUCAUCAUUAUCAUCCUCUUCCCCGGCAUCGUCCCCGGCCGCGGAGUCCCCGCGCUCCGCGUGCUCCUCCUCCGACGAGUGCGGGGGAUACUACGAGACCUACGAGCCGCUGAGCUCCGAGGAGCACGAGCUGCUCGACUUUAGUACCUGGUUCGACGGUUACUGACUCACCUGAGGGGUUUUGGACACUUUUGUCAAAGCAAAAGAUGCUGCUGGCGGUGAGGAUUUGAUGGAAAACAGCAGCGUCUGAUGAGCUUUACUGGUUGUUUACCUCCAAACUUUUGGACUUCUGUCCUUAGAGAACUGGUGCUUCCAACAGGUGCACAGAUACGCACGUGCACAGGUGCGCUGCUGGGCUGUACAGGUGUACAGAUGUGCAGAUGCGCAGUCUCACCUCGUGCUGUAGGCUGGGCAAGUACAUGAAGACAGCCAUGCACUGUGAACAACCUGCUCACCUGAUCCAGCUCACCUGUCUGAGCUCAGUCUGAGCAAAACCUGAAGUUCAGCAGGUGCAUCGAUCCACACGAGUCCCACCCUGACUGUUUUUAUACUGGAUUUUAAAGUUUAUUGUUUUUAAUAUUGAAGUGUGCACUUGUGCUUUUCAUACCGACCUGUGUAUAUAAUGCAAUUGUUUUUUAUCAAGAGAAUGCCUAUUUUUAAUGUUUUUAAUGUAUAAUAAAACUGUUCUAUUUAUUCAGAAA